CAGACCUCCAUGAUGCCAGUGCUUCUUGAUGAUUCACCCUUCCACGACAUCCUCACGACCAACACCCCGCCGAGUGGUGCACAAUGCAGCGAGAUUCAGGCAUUUCUUGAGCCUCACCGCACCAAACUUGUCGAGCUCAAGGGCGAUGUCACGCGUCUGCGCCGCCUGCUCGACGCUGCGAUUGAAGCGUGUGACGGGCUAGGCAGCUUCAUUGCCGCACACGACGCCGUCUUCUCGCCGAUCCGGCGCAUGCCCGAAGACAUUAUGCGCCUCAUCUUCAUGAAUACCCUUCCGGAACACCGCAACGCCGUCAUUGACGCGAGCGAGGGCCCUCUGCUGCUUGUACAGGUGUGCAGAUACUGGCGCGAGCUGACACUGGCAACGCCGCUGCUGUGGUCGUCCAUCCAUCUCGUCGUUGCCCAGGUCUUUCACGACAGCCUGAGGCCAGAAACUUGGACGUCCCCUGAGUUGCCUCCCGGGCCCGAGUUUCCGCAGUAUGUGGCACCCGACCUGUCUACGUGGCUCGUACGCGGCAAGAACGCCCCGCUCAACAUCACUGUAACGAUGCACAGCCUGAAGACGGGCCCCAGGAGCCGAAUGGUUGCGGAGGCCGAUUCCCACAUGGAUGAAACAAGCGCGACCAGGGUACCACCUUUUCUACGCAGCCUCAUAUCCGUUUCUUAUCGCUGGCGGGAUGUCGAACUGGUGAUAUGGGACGUGGACCAUGCUCAGGUGCUCUGUAAAAUACUUCCGGAGGACGUCCCGCAACUGGAGAGCUUAACACUUCAUUUUAUACUCGACACAGAGUCCUUUCCCGCCCACUCUCAGCUGCAGCUCCUCGCGACGCCUAGUCUUCGGAGCCUGUGCCUCCGGGGCCCCCAUCCCUAUCCCGCAUUCCCUGCUAGCGUUCUGUGGCAAAAUAUUGAAGCACUCACCCUCGAGCUCGACAUCACAGAGCUCAGUGACCCCGAGUCGCCGUUGCCAUUCCUGCACGAAUGUGUAUCGCUGGAAGAGCUCUCAUUGACAAUCUCACGAAGCUUGGACGACUCGGAGGACUCUGAAUUUCCGCAUUUGCCUUCCAACAUUCACAAUAUCAUACUCCCGCAGUUAGAAACACUUGACCUCGGCCAAGAAUUUGGUGUCUUCUGGAAUAACAUAUCCUCCAUCAUCACCCCCCUUCACGCCCCUCGCCUGCAGGCAUUGGAUCUUACACGAGGUCGCAUUCAUGAAUCCAACCUUCAGAUCCUGGCGCACAUAGAUCACCUUCGCGUUCUUGCUCUUCGGCUCGACGAUAUCACCACCUCUGUCUUUCUGUCCGCUCUCGAGUGCGUUCCCAUGCUCGAGGGCUUGGAUCUGGAAGGCACCCCUGCCGCCGACUGGGACCCUCCACUGGCUAAUACUAUCGGACCAGUCAACAUAGCACCCGGAUUUGUCAGCCUGAGCCUCCUUAGCCCCGAAGGUGUCCCUGUCGUGUCCCGGGCCAAUCACGAGUAUCUUGCGCAUCUCCUCCCCACACGUGCACCGACGCCACUUGUCCCGGCCCUGCGACGCCUCGGGCUAAGCUGCCGGUUUCCGCCGGUGGAACUCCUGGUCAGUCUCAUCCGCGCGCGCACUGUCGAGCUCCCGAGUGCUGAUCCACCGGUCGCCCGCCUCACAAACCUGGACUGUCACUUUGAUGGGGCCGGCAACUUGAAGGUGGAGCCAGCCACGGUCCAGGCGCUUGCGGACUGCGUGUGCCUUUCGCUGUCUAUACUAGCUUUCCCCGUCGUGCAGCCUCAGCCCUACUCUGUGUUUGAGGGCACAGAGCGCCAUCCAGGUAUGCACUGGGGUGGGCCUGUCGAGACGGUGGUGUACAGAUGCACCUCGGCCAACUGUCAUGGUCCGGAGCUAUGA